AUGCUUCCUUCCUACGCAGUCGCUGCGGCUGCGGCGGUCCGAAGGAGCUUGCCUCUCUAGGCAGCCAGGGCCUCUCCUCCAUGGUUCUGUCUGUCAGUGUUGUUUGGGGGGCCCGCGGGUGAGGCUGGGCCGCGCCCCGACGCUUGGAUCCUCGAGUCGGUCAACGGUGCCGUGAACGUCCGCGGUCCAUGGCGCGGCGGCGCUGACUCGGGUCGCGGCGGCGCCGGGGCCCGCUGGCCGGCAUGGCGGGCCAGUUCCGCAGCUACGUUUGGGACCCGUUACUCAUCCUGUCGCAGAUCGUCCUCAUGCAGACCGUCUACUACGGCUCGCUGGGCUUGUGGCUGGCACUGGUGGACGCUCUGGUGCACAGCAGCCCUUCGCUGGACCAGGUGUUCGACGACCAGAUCCUGGGCUUUUCCACCCCUCCAGGCCGGCUCUCCAUGAUGUCCUUUGUCCUCAACGCCCUCACCUGUGCCCUGGGCUUGCUGUACUUCAUCCGGCGAGGGAAGCAGUGUCUGGAUUUCACUGUCACUGUCCAUUUCUUUCACCUCCUGGGCUGCUGGUUCUACAGCUCCCGGUUCCCCUCGGCGCUGACCUGGUGGCUGGUGCAGGCCGUGUGCAUAGCACUCAUGGCUGUCAUCGGGGAGUACCUGUGCAUGCGGACGGAGCUCAAGGAGAUCCCCCUCAACUCAGCCCCUAAAUCCAAUGUCUAGAAUGGGGUCCUUUGGGUACCCUGCUGGGCACUUGGCACACUCACCACCACCCCAACACGUUGGGCUGUUCAGAACCUCCAGAUGAGGUUGGGCCCGGGUCUGAAAGGAACCCUGCAAAUGUGAAGUCUCUGUUGGUGAGGGAGAGAUAGUGAGGCCUGUGAAGAAGGCAGGUAGAAGCAGAUCACAGCUGCAGGAUGGCCUCUGUCUGCCGAAGCCUUGGUACCCAGGAGGUCAGCGAGGGGACCUCUUUCAGGGGAAUAACAGAAUUGGAACCAUGUCACUCUUGAGCCAUCAUACCUGACACCAGCCUGUUAUUUUUAAAAAGAAAAAAAAAAUCAAGGAUAUAUGAUUGGAGCAAACUGCUCUUCCAGUCUUCUGUCUUACCUCCCUGGGACAGCACUUACCUUUGCCAUGUUGCCGAACCACAGCUCUUCUCUUGGAGAAACGGUUUCCAGAUCCAGAGCCCCAGAAAGAGAUGUGGUGCACAGUAUUAGCUGCUGCCAGGGAGCGGCGGCAGGCGGAAGCAUCAAGCACAAGGGACGUGCGCAGCCUGCGCCCUGCUCCACUCGUGCGCACCCAUGAAUCCGUGACUGACUUUCUCCCAGUUCUCUCUGCUGGGCCUCACCCUGCUGCCAGCUUUCAGCAUAGCAGAGAACGACCCAGAGAAGAAUCCCAGUACCCAUCGCUCCCAGUCUUACCCUCACAGUUGAGUCACUGCCUGUUCUCAAGGAAUGACCAGACACCCCAGCUCUCGCUAGAACUCGGGCAGUAGUUCCUUUUUCCGGCCUUACUUGGAAUUCUCCAGUGGCGAGGGAACCGCGGGUGCCUGCCCUCGCCGCUUGAGCUGUGUUGAUAGUGCCGAGGGAGAUGGGAAUUUGCUGCUAAGAAUUUUCCUUGGGGCAGGUGUUUUCUGUGAGGGGCUUGCGGCUCUCCUUCCUAGGUAUAUAAAUACAGUAUUUU